AUGAAGCUGUUUGUGCUGGCUGCCCUUUUCACGAUCGCUUUGGUGAAUGCGGAUAUAGGAAGUGACCUGGGCGAUAUGGAUGACGGUUACGGCCCGGAGGAAUCCGCCUUUGUGGACGACGUUCUUACCGGAGAUGAUGACAUGGAUGGUCGCUCUCGUCGCCAAGCCGAGUUCGUGGAAGGAACGACUUCCGAUCCAACAACAGAAUCCGAAGCUGCCACCACAACCACCGCCGCUACAACAACGACCACCGAAGCCAUCAAGAAGUGCAAAGCGGCGGCUCAGUGCGAAAGCAAUGACGACUGCAAUGGAGGAUCAUGCCUUGGCUUACUUCCUGGACGUUGUAACUGCAACGCGUGCAUUGGCUUUUUCCCAUGCAAGGAUGACACCGCCUGUGGAGGACUUCAAGGUGCAUGCAAUACCACGAAGAAAAUGUGCGACUGUGAAGCGGCUUACAAGGCCCAUGGUUAUGCCACACUGCUGGAUCGCCUAACUAAGUUCUGCGGCAAGAAGACUUGUGCCACCGAUGGAUGCAAUGGUCUCAAGUGUAAUAAAGGCUUCUGCGCUUGCAACGCCAAGCCGGCGAAGAAGGAC